ACAAAACGACACGUAAAGUUGUCAUUUACCAUUCAGAAGAAUCCACUUAAAGUGACGUGUAGACCAACUCUCCCACCCAUUUUUUUCCCUCUUCAUUUAGCUUCACACACUCAUUAUUCCAUCUUUCACCAAAAAGAUUUCUAUAGAGAAAGCUCCCCACAUUACCAACAACCAUGAAACAAUCAAACCAGUCGAAUCGUCCAGAAACCGAUCAUCAUCAUCAUCGUCGUCGCCAAGAAGCGGAAGUAUCCAAGGUUAAAGAAGAAGAAUGCGGACGUGAAAGGCUGAAGAAACAUAGAAGUGAAGUUGCAGGCAAGGUUUGGAUUCCUGAAAUAUGGGGACAAGAAGAGCUUCUGAAGGACUGGAUUGAUUGUACCGCGUUCGAUACUCCGUUAAUGCCGAACAGCAGGAUUAUGUCGGCCCGUGAAGCUCUAGUUCAAGAAGGGAGAAGAGCUAAUGCAAGAACGUUAAGAAUAGAGAAUACUUGUUAGAUGUUUUUACUUGUUUUCUGUUUCUGUUUACUUCUUUUUUGUUUUUCAUUGUUCUUUUUGUUUUUUACAUUAUAAUUAUGGAACUGUUCAGUGCUUUGUUGAUACUCCAGAAGUUUUAUUUUUUCCCAUUUUGAUUGUGAAAUUCCAAUUUUAUGAUUGUGAAUACUGAAUCUGUUUAGUUCAA